UCUCUAACUUGACACUAGUGUACUUUUCAUUUCGUAAGGAGGAGUCAGACGUUAGUUUCCUUAUUAAAGUGACAUGUUUAUUAAAUUAACAGUAAUUUUACAACAUGUAUCGCUCCACGUGUCCAUAAUGUAGUCUUUGUAUGUUGUUGAUGUAAAGCUAUUGUUUGGUAAUCAGAUCGUUUUCGAUUAAAAAAAAAGAGAGAUCGAGAGAAACUAACGGAACAGGAAGGCGGAACAAGAUCUCAGACCAAUCAAAGGCCAAAACAUUGCCCAUAAUAUCAUUUCGGCACUGGUUAAUUACACAACCUUUUGACUGCUUCUAUUUGAACUGUUAACAUUUCACAAGAAGCAUUCAAACCAAUUGCCGUGCGCCACCACAUGCAACCAUGUCCAUGGCCCUGAAACAAGUCUUCAACAAAGACAGGACAUUCCGGCCCAAGCGCAAGUUUGAGCCGGGCACGCAGCGCUUCGACCUCCACAAGAAGGCCCAGGCGUCUCUGAACGCGGGGCUGGACCUGAAGCAGGCCGUGCAGCUGCCCCACGGCGAGGACCUCAACGACUGGGUGGCCGUCCACGUCGUCGACUUCUUCAACCGCAUCAACCUCAUCUACGGCACCAUCAGCGACUCCUGCACCGAUCAAACCUGCCCCGUCAUGUCCGGCGGGCCCAAGUACGAGUACCGCUGGCAGGAUGAGCACAAGUACAAGAGGCCCACGGCGCUGCCGGCCCCCAAAUACAUGAGCCUGCUCAUGGAUUGGAUUGAGGUACAGAUCAACAAUGAGAACAUCUUCCCCACCAAUGUAGGUACUCCCUUCCCUAAGACCUUCAUGCAGGUGGCUAAGAAGAUUUUGUCUCGUCUGUUCCGGGUGUUCGUCCACGUCUACAUCCACCACUUUGACCGCGUGAGCCAGAUGGGGGCCGAGGCCCAUGUCAACACCUGCUACAAGCAUUUCUACUACUUUGUCACUGAGUUCAACCUCACGGACCACAAAGAGCUGGAGCCUCUGAAGGAGAUGACCUCUCGAAUGUGUCACUGAGGGGACACGACUGGCCGGUCGACGCGCGCCAGCCCAACACAACCGUCCAUCUAGAAGACUGCGGAACUAAAAGAAGAAACAAAUUCUAUUUUUAUACUUAAGUACUGUAAUCUAUUUUAGCCACAUACUGUGGGUUUUAACCUCGUCAGAUGAGGCAAUCCGUUCAUUUUGAGCACAGUUUUCAAGCAUUCUAUCAAAAUAUUAAGAGAUGUAUGUCUGUGUUGAUAUUUUUCUAUUUUAUUUGAAUCUCAAUCAUUCCAGGAUGCUGUUGUCUCUCUGUUUGUCUGAAAGGAUCUGAAAUGAAUAUAAUUCUUUCUACUGUUAAUCUAUAAAUGUACUGUUAUAUCAAAUUUCUCUUUAUAAAUUGAAUUUGGCAAUCAGUAUUUAAAUUAACUGUGAAUGGUGUUCCUUUCUAAUCAAUUGUUUUUUUUUUAGUCCCAAUUUCUUCUGUAAGACAUUUAAAGCUGUUUUUUAUGACAAACAUCUCAACAAUCAAUGCAGUAGUAGUAAUUUGGUAUUUUUAUCAAGCAUAGAAAGUAUUAUGUACAAAUGUUACCAUAAGAAAAAUACAUGUUUUUUUCUCUU